AUGCUUGUGGGGUUGACUGUUGGCGUGGGGUUCGCGGCGGCGGCUACUGCGCAGUCGCCGGGCGAUACCGUCGUGUGGGGACAGGAUGUGUUUGUCAUCCCGUACAAAUGGUCCGGCGGAUCCGAUCGGUCGGCGGUCCGUGAGGUGAUCCUCUACUACUCGGCCGAUCAGGGACAAACUUGGCAAGAGGUUACCCGCGCGCGGCCCGAUGUCCAGUCGUUCAUGUACCGCGCGACGGGAGAUGGCGAGUACUGGUUCGCCAUCCGCACCUCGGACGCCGCCGGCGCCAGGUGGCCCGCCGGCCCGAUGCGUCCGGAACUGAGGGUGGUCGUGGACACCCAGCUGCCCACCGUGCAGAUCACCACCGCGACCCUGACUCCCGAUGGGCGGUUGUCCAUCGAGGCCACGGCGGCAGACCCGCAACUCGAUUCCAAUGCGGUGGUCGUUGCGUACCAAGAUCCAAUGACCGGCGGCUGGCAGAACAUACAGGCCACCACGACGCCGGGGUUCGCCGGCAGCGCGACGGUCCGCGCGUCGGCGGUGGUGCCGGCAGGCACACGUGGGGUGAUGGUUCGGGUGUCGGUCAAGGACAAGGCUGGCAACCCGGCUAGCGCCGGAGUGAUGGCGGCAGCGCCCUACGGGGCGUCGCGGGGCGUGCCCGCGCUGGCUGCGUCGACCACUUUGGGCGCCGCCCACGGCUACGCGGGCCCGAUGCAACCGUCCGCGGGCCUGCCGGCCGACCCGUUUACGAGUAGCACGGCUUUCGUCCCCCCGGCGCCGCAGAUCAACGCAUCGGGGGACGCCGAUUCCGCGGCGGGCCCGUUCCGCUACGCGUCCAGCACGCCGCCGCAGGACCUGCCGGUCGCCGGCGGUGGACGGGUGGGGCCGCAGCGGCUGCUGGUCAACUCGGAUCGAUUUGAGCUGCAGUACGAUCUUCACUCGGUGGGGCGGUGGGGCGUAUCGAAGGUCGAGGUUUGGGGCACCGAAGACCGCGGCGCCACCUGGCGACGCUUCGCCAUUGACACCGACCAACGCAGCCCCGUGGACAUCCAGGCGCCCGCCGACGGGCUGUACGGGUUCGCGAUACUGGUCCAGAGCGUCGGCGGACUGGACCGCGAGCCGCCCCGGGCUGGUGACCAGCCGGACGUCUACGUCGAGGUAGACCGUUCGCGCCCGAACGCGGCGAUCACCAACGCCGUACAGCCGGAUGGCUACUUCGCAGACCACCUGAACGUUACCUGGCAGGCCGGUGACGCCAACCUGUCGGACCGCCCGAUUUCGCUGUUGUAUGCCGCCCAGCCGGGCGGUCCUUGGAUGCCGAUCGCGUCGAACCUGCCGAACAGCGGCCGCUACUCGUGGCGGCUGCAACGGCAUCUGCCCGACCGGUUGUACGUGCGUCUGGAGGCCCGUGACCAGGGCCUGCGCGGUAGACUCUUGCUAGCAGCAGGGCCCUCUGGGGACCGUUUCUUCAGGCAAGCAGCAAAGGGGCGGUCCGCAAUCCGGGGGCCACUAAACGCGUUGAGCAAGAAAUCUCCACCAGCCCUCACCGGCCUCGACUACCUGCUGGACUCCUGCACGCAUGAGCCGGGCGCGGUGGUCGCCGUUGUGGGGGAUGAGCCGUUCCUGAAACGAGAGGUGCUGCACAAUAUUCGCGAGCGGCUGUCUGAGGGGAACGACCUGGCGUGCAGCGUGUACGCCGGUCGUGAGUGCGACUGGCGUGACGUCGCGGAUGCGCUGACAAGCGUUUCGCUGUUUGGCGGCGCCUCGGCGGCUGUGGUUGAGGACGCCGAUCCCUUUGUCACCCGGUUCCGACCGCAGCUAGAGGAUUACGCCGCCAAGGACCGCCACGCCGGCACAUUGGUGUUAGACGUGAAGACCUGGCCCUCGAACACGCGUUUGGCGAAAGCGCAGGUGGGUAAAGGGUUGGUGAUCAAGUGCCAAAUACCCGAACGUGGCUCGGAGGUGGGGCAGUUUCAGCGAUCGGCGAAGAAGUGGCUUGCGCAACGGGCGAAGCAGACCCACGGUUCACCGAUCGACGCCGGCGCGCUCGACGCGUUGUUCGACCUGCUGCCACUCAGCCUGGGCGUGAUGGAUCAGGAGAUCGGCAAGCUCGCGUUGCUGGCAGGCGAGGGCGCCGAGAUCGACGCUGACCUGGUUCGCAAGCACGUCGGCGGCUGGCGGACCCGCAAGACCUGGGACAUGAUCGACGCGAUCGCCGAUGGUGACGCGCCGAAUGCCCUCGGUCAGCUCGACCGCUUGCUCCGCGCGGGCGAGCAGCCGAUCGGUCUCAUGGCGCAGGUGGCGUCGUCGCUGCGGAAGUUCUCGGCCGCCGCGUGCCUGAUCGAGCAAGCAGAACGGAACGGCCGCCGCACCUCCUUGCGAGACGCCCUGGAGCGGGCGGGAGUCAUGAGGUUCAAGCUCGGCGACGCCGAACGGCAGCUCAAGCAGAUCGGCCGGGCCCGGGCGGCGCGGCUCGACCAGUGGCUGCUCGACUCCGACUUGGCGCUGAAGGGUCACAAUAGCACACCCGGGCGGGGGCGAACCGAACUGGAGCGUCUGAUUGUGCGCCUCAGCAAGGCGGCCGACGACCGCCGCACUUCGCUGAGGUCGUUCGCCAAAGGGACUACCGGCCAGUUAGACCCACCAAAUGUGGCGGGGCGUACGCCGGUGUCGGAGCCCGUCCUGGAGAAUGCUGGGCCGCUCGUCGAGCCGACCCGCGAGCAGGCGUUUGCCGCUGUGCUGGGCGACCUGCAGGAGAUCGGCAGGGAGGACCCCGCGGCUCAGCAGCGGCUGGUCACGCAGCUCUACGAAUCAGACCCGGCGCAUUGGGAGGGCCUUGUCAUGCGGAUGCGCUCAACCAUGCAGUAUCACCGGCAGAUUGCGGGCGAGCCGGCCACGACCAGCGUGAUGCAGGCUUCGAGUCAGCAGACCGGUAGGGACACGCCGUCCGCGCACCAAGCCACCUCAAGCUCUCCCGCCACGCCUUCCGCUGCCAGCGCGCCGCUCCCACAGAGGCCCGGAACCUGGCCUGCGCAGCCGGAGCUGCCGCCCGCCGACGGCCAGGCUGAGCAGGGCGUCGACACACGCCGAUUCGACCCCAAGCUCACGCAGACCAAUGCGGUGGAUGUGGCCCACCAGGGUUCGGCGGCGACGCCCCUGUCGACUCGAUACGCGGACGGCGCCGCCGCAAUCCUGGACGACUCCCAGCAGGAGCAGCCGCUCGUCGACUUGCGGAGUGAAACCCCUGCAGCGAACUCUGCGGCGACUCCUCAGACGUGGGAUGAAUCACUUCAGGCGGCGAUCGACCAGUUAACCGGACAGCUUGAUGAACGCCCGCAGAGCAUCGACGAGGCGUAUCAGCACCUGCGGCUUCGGCUGCUGCAGCUCGCCGCCGGGAACAUGGACGGCGCGGCGGCUUCGGUUCCCGGGCUGACUGCCACGGAACAACAGUACUGGUCGCACCAGCUCCUUGCGGUCAGCACGCUACUAGACAACCAAUCGCAACCCGAGGUCCGCCGCCGAGCGGCCGCCGGAGGACUGCACCUGCGGAACGCGCUGACGUCGCUCGAGCAGCUUGGCAGCCUGACGGUGGGGCACCUGAGGUUCUGCGAGGAGGUCUACGGCUUUGGCGCCUACCAGCCGCUUGAGCACGCCAAGUUCCGCCCCGGCGGCGAAGUCAAGAUCUACGCCGAGGUGGCCAACUUCAAGACGGUCACCACACCGCAGGGAGAGCACACCUCGCUCGCAACCAGCUACCAGGUGCUCGACCAGCACGGCGCCCGUGUCGAUGGCGGCGACGUGCCCGUGGUCAACGACUACUGCGCGUCGCGCAGGCGGGACUUCCACAUCCAGUACGGGAUCACGUUGCCGCAAGGCAUUUACCCCGGCGAGUACGUGCUGGAGCUGACUCUCACGGAUCAGCUUGGCGACAAGAUCGGCCACGGCACGAUCGAUUUCGAAAUUGUCGCGAGCGAGUAG